CCUGUUUGAAAGGGAAGCUCAACCUCCAUUAACAUAUUACCACAUUACCUUCUCAAUCUAUCAUCCCUCUCUUCCUUUCUCUCUCAAACCCCAUUUCCUUCCAUGGAACCCAACACUUCACCGCCACCAAAAUACCAUAUCCACCGCCAUAACUAUUCCAAUGCCAACCACCACCACCACCACCACCACCGCCACCACAGUGCCAUUCUCAGCUCCAACUCUUUCCUCAUCAUCAUUUCCUCCAUCAUUUCCAUCGCCAUUCUCCUCGCCAUCCUCCUCCUCAUCUUCAUGCUCCACCGCCUCAAAACCCCAUCAAACCCUGCCACCGCCGCCGCCGCCUCCACCGCCCACACAGCCAUCCAUUUUGACUCCAGCCCAGAAGUGAAAGGGGGUGGUUGUUUGUACGGUGGGAAUUCAGGGAGGAUUCCUCAAUACAGAAUCAGGGGAGUUCAGGUUUUCACUUACAAGGAGCUGGAAUUGGCCACUGAUAAUUUCAAUGAAGCCAAUCUCAUUGGGAAUGGAAGAUUUGGGGCUGUUUACAGAGGGGUUCUUGGAGAUGGAGCCGUGGUUGCUGUUAAAAUGCUCCACACAGAUGGCAAGCACAGGGAACGUGCUUUCAGAAUGGAGGUGGAUUUGCUGAGCCGCUUGCACUCUCCUUGUUUGGUGGAGUUGCUUGGCUACUGCGCUGACCAACACCAUAGGCUACUGAUAUUUGAAUUUAUGCACAAUGGUACUCUUCAUCAUCAUCUACAUAAUCCCAACACUGAAUCUAAGCCAUUGGAUUGGAAUACUAGAUUAAGGAUAGCCCUUGAUUGUGCCAAGGCACUUGAGUUUCUCCAUGAGCAUGCAGUUCCGUCUGUUAUCCAUAGAAACUUCAAGUGCACCAAUGUUCUGCUAGAUCAGGAUUUUCGAGCCAAGGUGUUCGAUUUCAGUUCGGCCAAGAUGGGCUCUGAUAAGAUCAAUGGUCAAAUAUCUACACAAGUACUCGGAACAACAGGAUAUCUUGCACCAGAGUAUGCUUCAACAGGUAAACUCACAACAAAGUCAGAUGUGUAUAGCUAUGGUGUCGUGCUGCUAGAGCUUUUGACGGGUCGAGUGCCCGUUGAUAUCAAGCGGCCACAGGGCGAGCACGUUCUUGUCUCAUGGGCUCUCCCAAGGCUAACCAAUAGAGAAAAAGUAGAGAAAAUGAUCGACCCAGCCAUUCAAGGAAAAUACUCAAAGAAGGAUCUAAUUCAGGUUGCAGCCAUUGCAGCAAUGUGCGUGCAGCCCGAAGCCGACUACCGACCUCUGAUGACCGACGUCGUGCAGUCACUGGUUCCUCUCGUAAAGAACCCAUCUUCCUCAUCUAGAUUCUUCAAAUGAGACUCAUUUUACUCCAUUUAGUGAAAACUAGUCCCUGUCCAAGUGCAUCAACAAAGCCUUCAAGAACAGAUCAAGGUAUGCAUUUUAGAGCAUGUCAAUGUGAGCCUGCACAGGCUACAACCAUCUAUAUUAAACAUCUCUUCAUCAUAAACUAGACAAUGUACAUGAACGUUUUGAUUAUCAUUUGAGCCUACAAAAUAUUCUUACUGUAAACUGUCAAGAAUUCUGUCUUUUUUCAAUUCAUUCACAUAUCUUGUUGCUGCUAA